AUGGAUGUGGCGAAGGACAAAGUAACUACUAGCGAGUCGCCAGCAGAGAAAUACAGCGACACAGAAGUUGGAGAGACCACUUUGAUCAACAAUGCAGGAUUCCAUCGAAGCUUCAGUCCUAGACAAAUCCAUGUCAUUUCUCUUGGAGGCCAGAUUGGCGCUGGACUUUUUAUUACCACUGGCUCUAUCUUGCGAGAUGGCGGGCCUGGAUCGCUUUUCCUGGGGUUUGUAGUUGUUUGCUCAUGUGUAUGGGCAGUGCUCCAAACAGUUAGCGAGAUGACUAUCGCCUUUCCUACAUCUGGCAACUUUAUUGAUUAUGCAGACCGGUUUGUUGACCCAGCUUUGUCUUUUGCGGCUGGGUUUUCCAUGUGGAUAGGAUGGACGGCUAUAAUUGCUUCGGAAGCUACAUUCUUUUCUGUGGUUGUAAAUUACUGGGCAGAAAACAGAGUGAAUGAAGCUAUUUGGUUGACUAUCUUCCUGCUUCUGAUGUUUGUGAUCUUCAGUCUGCCUAAUACGGUCUUUGGCUGGUUCGAAUACGUCAAUUCAAUCUUGAAAAUCGUCACCUUGAUUCUAUUCGUGAUAGUAGGACUAGCAAUGGUGUUUGGAGCCGGUCCGGAUGGCACUGUCCAUCACGGCGAGGCGUGGCAAGAUGGAUCGGCCUUUCUAAAUGGGUUUAAAGGGUUUGGAAACGGGGUCCUUCUAGCAAUUCUGUCAAUUGGAGACAACACGUUCACCGGCUUUCUCGCGGGAGAGUCUAAAAGCCCUCGAUACUCCGUCGCUCAUGCCGUGAUCUUGAUCCCGAUUCGAGUAACAGUCUUCUAUCUCAUUUCUGUGGUCCUCAUCGGAAUCCUGGUUUCACCAACCAACCAAAAUCUAUUCGGUAGCAGUGGUGUUGCCGCAUCCCCAUUCGUCAUCGCCAUCGACCAAGCCGGCAUCAGCGUGCUCCCGGAUAUUCUCAAUGCAGUGAUUAUUACAGCGGUAGCAGCAAUUGCCGCAGAAAGCUUCUUUGUUGCUUCGCGUAUACUCCAGUCCAUGGCUCAACAAGGUCUCAUCCAUUCAUACAUUGCAAAAGUGGAUUCGCGUGGUCGCCCUCGUGUUUCGUUGGCAAUUACCGGUAUCCUCGCUAUAGUUCUCACAUACAUUAACCUCAGCGCAGGGGGAACGACCGUCUUCAACUGGUUGGCCCAAGUUGCUAGCACAGGGUACUUCAUGGGGUCCGACACACCAACAGCUUACUAUUUCUUCCAGUAUAUGUUUGGCUUAGUCCUAAUUUUUGGUACUGCGAUUGGAUACAAACUGAUAUUCCGGACAAAGGUCCGUGAUUUGCGUUCGGUAGACCUGCAGACUGGACGGAGGCCGUUGACAAAUCGCGAAAUUCAGGAGUUGGAUGGUUACGAUAAAAUGCCACGAUGGAGGAAGAUCUACUCUUUUGUACAGUUGUGGUGA